AUGUGGGUUCGUUUUGUUGGCGUAGGUGGUACACAAAUACCUACAAUCCCAGUUGCACCCUAUCGAUGUGGUACUAACGUACCAGGUUGGUACUCAGGGCAAAUGCCCAUCAGCGUGGAUACAACUACAAAUGGAACUGUAUGCUACACAUGGGUAUCUGGCAAUUGCAGUUUUAGCAACAGUAUUAGUGUGACUAAUUGUGGAUCUUAUUAUGUUUAUCAGUUAGGCGCACCUCCAGGCUGCGAUUAUCGCUACUGUACAGACAUACCAGGUGUUUGGAUAACAGAUACAACAAUAACGCCCAUAGAAGGUAAAUAA